AGUUGAUCCACGGGAAAGGGCAGUCGUGCCUUCUAAUCUUUGAAGACGACGUUUCACCUUUACUAAUGUGUAUCCAAAUUGAGUCUUGUUUAAUAAUUUAGAAAAGUUUAAUUCGUGUGAUAGUGUAUGAAAAAAACUGUUCCGCUUCCAUUGUCGAUAAAAAGGGCUGCCAUAGACCUGCCAUUGUUAAUGAACAUUUUACCAAACUUCGGUUGUGUCCGCAGGCAUAAGCAAAAGUAAGAUUUUUAUAGACAAAAUCAGUUGGAUUAUGUAGGUGCGUUCAGGUUGUUUUAUAAAUAAUAUCACAAAUUAUAAGAUUUAUCCAGAAAUAAAUUUAUGCGAUUCAUCGUGACCAUUUCAACAUUCGGAGCAAAUUAAAUAAUUGCAUUAAAGCAAAGCCAAUUAAAAUUUGUGCCCUGUUGUCAGAUAUCCGUAACAUUUUGUUCAUAGUUAAAUUAACUACAUGUCUGCUACUUUUCGUUUUGGAACAAGUUUGCCCACCCGGCGCAGAGUCAAUAUUUACACAGCGGCGUUGUAUAUUAACUGGGAGACAUUUCACUGGAUUACCAAUAAAAUCUGUGUUUAGUCAGUUGACCGUCACAUUUUGCCGUUGUAGCUAAAAAGAAAUCAUACAGCCUUAGAAUGCUGGCGUUCUUCAGAAAUGUCCGUCCGAUAACGUGUAGAAGAAGUGUUGCUGCAGCAUGGAAGCGGAACAAGGCUCACGCUUCUGGGACUCAGAGAUUGGACAUUCGAGGAAUCUAUCCUCCUAUAGCCACGCCGUUCACUGAGAAGGAAGAGGUGGACUACCAGAAACUGAAUGCCAAUUUAGAGAAAUAUGCCAAAAUCCCUUUCAGAGGCCUUGUGGUCCAGGGCUCCAAUGGGGAGUACCCGUACCUGACGGUGGACGAGCGGGUGGAGGUCGUCCGCAGGGUGAGGCAGGCCCUGCCCCGGGAGAAGCUGGUGGUGGCGGGAUCAGGAUGCGAGUCCACUAUGGCCACCGUGCAGAUGAGCGAGCAGAUGGCUGGGGCUGGCGCGGACGCCGUGCUGGUGGUCACCCCGUGCUUUUACCGCGGCAGGAUGGACAGCCGGGCCCUCGUUCACCACUACACGAAGGUCGCUGACUCCAGCCCAGUGCCAGUAGUCCUGUAUAGCGUACCUGGCAACACGGGCCUGGACCUGCCUGUGGACGCGGUGGUCACCCUCUCCCAGCACCCCAACAUCGUGGGACUUAAGGACAGUGGCGGGGAUAUCACAAGAAUAGCUCUUAUUAUUCACAAAACGAGCUCUGAGGAUUUUCAGGUUCUGGCGGGAUCGGCGGGUUUUCUCAUGGCUGCGUAUUCCGUGGGGGCGGUGGGCGGCGUGUGUGCCCUGGCCAACGUUCUGGGGCGGCAGGUGUGCCAGCUCGAGGAGCUGUGUGUGUCUGGCCAAUGGGAGGCAGCGAAAGCGCUUCAGUACAGGCUCAUCGAACCCAACGCUGCGGUGACCAGAAAGUUUGGGGUCGCCGCCCUGAAGCAGGCGAUGGAGUGGUUUGGUUUCCAUGGCGGCGUGUGCCGCUCGCCCUUGCAGCCGCUGUCUGAGGCGGAGGCUAAGGCGCUGCGGCAGGACUUCUCCUCCAAUGGCUGGCUCUGAAUGGGACCCGAGCGCGGUGGGCUUGCUGGGGGGCGGAGCCGCUUGAGACUGAUUUUGUGUAAACUUCAUCGCUUCAGUGAAUUGAUUUUCCAAGUCCCACAUUGACCCACGCGUUCCCACACUCAAUGGUGCUUAUUUUUAAUAGAAUGUCUCUGCUGUACUCUGCUGUCAUUAAGUGUAAUUAAAUAUUUUGGGUGACCGCCUCAAAAAACA